AUGGUGCUCAACCAGGCGUUCGUGUUCGUGAAACCGCACGCGGUGACGGAGAAAACGCUCGAUUUGGUGUCCCAGACGUUAUCCAAGCGCGGGUGCGCGAUCACGAGAGAGGGGGAAGUGAGCGCGGAACGCAUCGACGACGAGCGGUUGGUGGAUAGACACUACUACGCGAUUGCGUCGAAGGCGACGCUGGUCGAGGCGGAGAAUCUGAGCGUGCCGAACGAUAAAUUUCGAAAGGCGUAUGGCGUGGAGUGGAGCGAUGUGUGCGCGAAGGGGUUAGCGAUGAACAGUAAGAAGGCGUGCGAGAAAUGGAAGAUGACGCCGACGCAGCUGGACCAGGUGUGGCAGCAAGCCAAGCAGGACGGGAAGAUGACCAAGCUCGGCGGUGGUUUUUAUUGCGCAAAGAUUAAGGAUUGCUACGUGUUCAACGGGUUUUACAUGACGAUGCGAUCGAAGUUCGUGAAGCCCGGGACGUGCAUUCACUAUUACGUCGUGGAGUGGGACAGCGCGAAGAUGUCUUGGGAGGAAUUCCGUGGCGAGCUCUUGGGGCCCACCGAACCGUCCAAGGCGCCGGAGACGUCGCUCCGAGGGAUCAUUUAUAACGACUGGGAAGCUCUCGGGCUGAAAAUGCAGCCAACGACUGGUGAGAAUGGCGUGCACGCGAGCGCGAGCCCUUUCGAGGCGUGCGCUGAGAUGAACAAUUGGUUGGGAAUGCCGUUCGCGGAAACGGCUUUCGGCGCGGCGCUCUUGGACGCGGGAAUCUCAGAAGAUAGCGUCAAGGCGUGGAGCAUCGAUCCACAAGUGACGUACGGUGUACCAUCGAUGCGCAUCACUGGGUCUCUCUUCGAUGCGCUCGAAGAUGCCGACGCCGAUAAAUGCGGCGCGCUCUGCGAGAUGAUCCACGCCGAGACGGCGCGCAUGAAGGACGGCAUGCGCGUGGUCGCCGCGGGCGUCCUAGGCGCCGUCAUAGGCUUCUUGUUACCCAAGAAUGGGCGCAGAUGA